UUUUCAGGAAUAAACGAAUGAUUUUUUUUGUAAUACGCAAUUUUCUUUAAGGGUAUAUGUGAAAUAGAGCUCUAGUUUCUUCCCAGUUUUUACCGUGAUGUUAUAUGAAGAGUGGACAGUAAAUGUUUUGAUCUUGCUACGACCUCUUCAUUGACUACGGUUUAACUCGGUGUUAAGUCAAGAGUAUCAACACGCUGCACAAGAACACUAAACCAACAUUUAUAAAGUCCUUUUUAACAUUUACAUCUGAAGGCAUGAUGGAUUAUGGAUGGAUUAUUAUGAGAACAUUUUAAAAGAUGAAGGUUAUCCAACAUUCCGUGGAGACACUCACGUCAGCUUUGGUCUCUGGUCGUCAGGACUUGGCUAAACUUUACAGCAAGUACACAAAAGAAGAAAGGCGACUUCUGGAAUAUGGAUUCCACCAAGGGUCACCGGGCUCCCUUUUCCAACCCAUCACAGUUCACUCUGACUCAGACUGGAUCCCUGCUCACCCCGAGGAACCUCAAGACUUUGAGAGCUUCUACAGAGACCCUUACCGCAAGACUCCCAAUGCAAGCCAAAAUACUAUUUAUAUUCAAACCAUAGGUUCCUUUGGGGAGACAGGGGUCCAGACAGAUGAGUAUGUGGAGUGGCUCAGAGAAUACUGCCAGGCCUUCUUCUAUGGGCUUUCUGUCAAGUUGUUGCCAGUGGUUUCUGUGGCUGAAACAAGAUGCUCCUUCAGAGUUAACAGUAACUCACACAACCUUCAGAUUCUCACAGGUGACCUGCUACAAUUUCUGGGCAACAGGAAACCAAAAGAUGCUUUUUGUAUUGUUGGAAUCACAAUGAUCGACCUGUACCCAAAAGACUCUUGGAACUUUGUCUUUGGACAGGCUUCUCUCAGCAUGGGCAUGGGUGUGUUUAGCUUUGCAAGGUAUGAUGACAAUUUUUACACCAGAAAUUAUGCCGGGAGGCUGAAGAAACAGCUUCGGCUAAAACAGGGAGACUAUUCUGUGUUUGAAGGGUACUACACUCCCCCCAUCACCAGCACUCUGCUGCUUCGAUCCUGCAAGACAAUGACCCAUGAGAUUGGCCAUAUGUUUGGAAUAAAGCAUUGCCAGUGGUUGAACUGUGUCAUGCAGGGCUCCAACCACUUGGAGGAGUCUGAUCGUAGGCCCCUGGAUUUCUGUCCCAUCUGCCUUCGCAAGCUACAGGUCUCAAUCAGCUUUAACAUAGCUGAAAGAUACAAGGCUUUACUGCAUUGGAUGGAGCAGGAUCCGAGUCCAGCAGCCAGACCAGGGGGAGCCUCUGCCUGUCAGUCUGCCCCCCUUUUUCCCAAACCCACUGAAGCCUUUCAUACAUCCAAACUGUGGCUUUGCAGAUGUCUGGACAUACUGGAAAAAAGAUGAACUAUAGUGUUGUAUAGUAUUAUUCUGGACAGAAUAGUAGGAUGUUGCUCUAAUCUUUUCACAUAAACCAUGCAGUUUUAGUGUUUUAAGAUUUCUGCUGCCGUUUGAUGCAAAACCAGAUCUUGAUGUUGUUUUGUGACUGUGACACCCAAUUUUAGAAUGACCACAUGGCCCACUCAUUAUUUGUUUUAGAGGUAUUGGCUACCCAUGUUAAUAUAUCUGGAAGUAAAGACUUUUCAUGUUAAGACCAAGUAAGAAUGUUAACACUGUUAUAAUUUUUUAGUAUAGUACUUGUGUAGUGUAGAAGAUAAUUAUUUAUGUAGA